AUGUCUCUACCUGUGUACGAUACAAUAACAGCUCCACAUUCUCCUCCCCAAGAAAAGAAGGACCAUGUGCCUAUACAAGAAAUGGCCUGCGACGUUAUCCAGCAAGCCAUUGAUCUCAUUCAUACAUUGCAAGAUGAACAAUAUACCCAGACUUCCAAAGUCAUGUUUGGAGGGAGCAUAGGCAAACACAUUAGACAUGUAUCCGAUCAUUUCAACCUACUGUACAAACAAUGCCAGCCCAUUCCAUCUGAUUGGGUUGUGGAUUAUGAUAUAAGAGCACGAAAUAAUCCGUCAGAAACGAAUCGAUUCGCUGCUAUUCAAUACUUGGAGCGGCUGAUAUCAGUAAUCAAGGAGCAUGAUCACAUUCCACUAGAGCAGCCGCUGACUCUUUUAGCGACCAUUGAUCCAGCGAAUGAUAGCAAAUAUCGAUUUGCAUCGUCUUUUGGGAGAGAGCUAUUCUACAGCUGUAUACAUGCAAUCCAUCAUUAUGCUUCCAUUAAAGCAAUAUGUAUCGAGCAGAACAUUUCUACUCCUCAAGAUUUUGGAAUGGCUCCUUCUACAUUACAGGAUCAACAAAAUAAUAAAUAA